CUGCGCCCUGCCGCCCGCCCCUCGCCGUGAGGAGGAGGUGGAGGAGGAGGCGGCUCGGGGAGAUCGAGCAGCGAGCUGGAGCGCGGAGCGUGAGUGAGGGAGCAGAGCUGCCUGCCCGCCUGCCGCCGCCUCCCCUCCGUAAGCAGGAGCCCGGGCCGGGGCCCGGCACGCAGCCCCAGCCCCUCCCUCGUCGUCAGGCCGCGAGGGCAGCGCGCGCGAGCCAGGGGGAGGGAAAGCGAGCGAGCGAGCGCCGGGAGGAGGCGGCCGGACCGAGCGAGCGCCCGCGCGUGUGGCGUGAGGGGAAGCCGCUGCCCGCCCCCUUCGCCUUCCCUUCUCUCCCCCUCCCCGCUCCCCCCCCGACCGCGGAGCAGCACCAUGUCGGCGCCGGCGGCCAAAGUCAGUAAAAAGGAGCUCAACUCCAACCACGACGGGGCCGACGAGACCUCAGAAAAAGAACAGCAAGAAGCAAUUGAACAUAUUGAUGAAGUACAAAAUGAAAUAGACAGACUUAACGAACAAGCCAGUGAGGAGAUUUUGAAAGUAGAACAGAAAUAUAACAAACUCCGCCAACCAUUUUUUCAGAAGAGGUCGGAAUUGAUCGCCAAAAUCCCAAAUUUUUGGGUAACAACAUUUGUUAACCAUCCACAAGUGUCUGCAUUGCUUGGGGAGGAGGAUGAAGAGGCGCUGCAUUAUUUGACAAGAGUCGAAGUGACAGAAUUUGAAGAUAUUAAAUCAGGUUACAGAAUAGAUUUUUAUUUUGAUGAAAACCCUUACUUUGAAAAUAAAGUUCUCUCCAAAGAAUUUCAUCUGAAUGAGAGUGGUGAUCCAUCUUCAAAGUCCACUGAAAUCAAAUGGAAAUCCGGAAAGGAUUUGACAAAACGUUCAAGUCAAACGCAGAAUAAAGCCAGCAGGAAGAGACAGCAUGAGGAACCAGAAAGCUUCUUCACCUGGUUUACUGAUCAUUCUGAUGCAGGUGCAGAUGAGUUAGGAGAGGUCAUCAAAGAUGAUAUUUGGCCAAAUCCAUUACAGUACUACUUGGUUCCGGACAUGGAUGAUGAGGAAGGGGAAGGAGAAGAAGAUGAUGAUGAUGAUGAAGAGGAAGAAGGAUUGGAAGAUAUUGAUGAAGAAGGGGAUGAGGAUGAAGGUGAAGAAGAUGAAGAUGAUGAUGAGGGGGAGGAAGGAGAGGAAGUUCCAAAAAGCAGAAUUUGAAUUUUCCAAGUGCUGGCAACUAUUUACAUUGAAGAUGAAGGAGAAGAUGACUAAUGGAACACUGAUGGAUUCCUACCUUCCUUUUUUAAUUUUCUCCAGUCCCUGGGAGCAAGUUGCAGUCUUUUUUUUUUUUUUUCUCCUUCUCCUCUUGUGCUCAGUUGCCCUGUUUUUGAGGUCUCUUUUCUCCUUUAUACCAUGGCUCACAACUUAUUUUGGAGGGAAAUACCUUGAGCAGAAUUCAGUGGGAAAAGAAUCUCUACCCCUUUCUGUUCCAGAUUCAUUUUUAUCCCUUCCUGUCUCAACAAAAACUUUAUGGAAUCAACACCACCAUGCUCUGUGGGAAAAAAGAAAAACCUUCUGCUCCCUUAGCUCUGCUGGAAGCUGGAGGGUGCUAGGCCCCUGUGUAGUAGUGCAUAGAAUUCUAGCUUUUUUCCUCCUUUCUCUGUAUAUUGGGCUCAGAGAUUACACUGUGUCUCUAUGUGAAUAUGGACAGUUAGCAUUUACCAACAUGUAUCUGUCUACUUUCUCUUGUUUAAAAAAAGAAAAAAAAACUUAAAAAAAUGGGGUUAUAGAAGGUCAGCAAAGGGUGGGUUUGAGAUGUUUGGGUGGGUUAAGUGGGCAUUUUGACAACAUGGCUUCUCCUUUGGCAUGUUUAAUUGUGAUGUUUAACGGACAUCCUUGCAGUUUAAGAUGACACUUUUAAAAUAAAAUUCUCUCCUAAUGAUGACUUGAGCCCUGCCACUCGAUGGGAGAAUCAGCAGAACCUGUAGGAUCUUAUUUGCAAUUGACAUUCUCUAUUGUAAUUUUGUUCCUGUUUAUUUUUAAAUUUUUCUUUUUGUUUCACUGGAAAGGAAAGAUGAUGCUCAGUUUUAAACGUUAAAAGUGUACAAGUUGCUUUGUUACAAUAAAACUAAAUGUGUACACAAAGGAUUUGAUGCUUUUCUCUCAGAACAGAUAUACUUAAUAUGACUUUCCUAAGUUUGACUUGUAUAAUGUUACUGUCAAACUUUGUCACCUUAACUUCGUAUUUUUUGAUAUGCACUUUGCAGGAUGACCUCAGGGCUAUGUUGAUUGAGUAAAGGGAUUUGAAUCAAUGUAUUAAUGUCUCCAUAGCUGGGAACCCAUCAUGGGUACAGUUUGACAUCAGUUUCUGAAAUUUUUCACAUCAUUUGGGAUAUCAGAUUGCUGAAAACUCAGUUCUGAAUAUGUUGUACCCUUGAUUUGUAUCUCAAAUUGGCAUUUCAAAAUAUGGGCUUUUAUUUACCUGGAUAUAAUAGUGCCUGCCACCACCAUCAGACAGACCUGGUGCUCUACUGCCGAGUUAAUACACAGGGCGAUUGUUGGCAUGUCUUCACUGGCACUGUAAAAUGUGGCCGAAAAGACAGGCUUUCAGAGUAAGAAGUCCGUAUUGGUGGUAAGAAACUCAGGUUAGGAGUACUUUUGUCUCAAAGUACCAGCUCUUUUAGCAUAUAGCUCUCAAAUGAGACCUGUCUGUGUAAUCUGGGGGAGAUGAUGGACUCUGCUCUGUCUGCUAAAUGCCAUUGUGCAUAAAUCACAUUUUGAGAAGCUACCUAAUGCAUAAGCUUUUUAAUGCUGUAAAAUAUAGUAGCUAAAAUUAAAUGCCACUUAGCUUUUUCAGAGAUGAAUUAAUGGACCGCCUGGUCAAAUUCAAAGCUUUUUGAUGUAUAAAAACUUUAUAAAUGGAACUAUUCCAUCAGUAGGCAAAGUGUAACGAAAACCUGUCUAGAUGGAUAGUAUGUAAUUUCUGCACAGGUCUCUGUAGCAAAUACAUCACUGUAUACUGGUCAGGAAUCUUGCUCCAAUAAAGGAACAUAAAGAUUUU